GCAGGAGGAACGCUCGGCUAACGUUUAGCAUUUUCAACAGGAAGACUCCAGGGCUGUGUUCUCGUGUCUCGACUAGCCCAAAAGUCUCGUAAGCCCCUCCGAAAUGCCGAAGCCACAAGUACAAGAGGGUGAGGACCCCGAUCCGACCCCAUACCUGUUCGUCUCUCUCGAACAAAAGCGUAUCGACCAGAGCAAGCCCUACGAUGGCAAGAAGGCUUGCUGGGUUCCAGACGAAAAAGAGGGCUUCGUGCAGGGUGAAAUUAAGGCCACCAAGGGUGACCUGGUGACCGUCAACCUUCCCGGAGGCGAGACCAAAGACUUCAAGAAGGACCUAGUAGCACAAGUCAACCCGCCUAAGUACGAAAAAUGUGAGGAUAUGUCCAAUUUGACAUACCUCAACGACGCUUCGGUUUUGUAUAACUUGAAGCAGAGAUAUUACCAUAAGCUUAUUUACACUUACUCGGGUCUCUUCUGUGUGGCCAUCAACCCUUACAAGAGAUUCCCCGUGUACACCUUCCGAUGUGCCAAGCUUUACCGAGGCAAGCGUCGUUCGGAAGUGCCACCCCACAUUUUCGCCAUUUCCGACGGCGCCUACGUCAACAUGUUAACCAACCACGAAAAUCAAUCUAUGUUGAUUACUGGUGAGUCUGGUGCCGGAAAGACUGAGAACACGAAGAAGGUAAUUGCUUACUUCGCCACCGUUGGUGCUGCGCAAAAGAAAGACCCGUCGCAGGACAAAGGAAAGGGAUCCCUGGAAGACCAGGUCGUCCAAACUAACCCUGUGCUUGAAGCCUUCGGUAACGCCAAGACUGUGCGUAACGACAACUCCUCGCGUUUCGGUAAAUUCAUCCGUAUUCACUUCGGCCCCUCUGGAAAACUGGCUGGUGCUGACAUUGAGACCUACCUGCUCGAGAAGGCUCGUGUAAUUUCCCAGCAAGCCCUUGAGCGUUCUUACCACAUCUUCUACCAGAUGAUGUCUGGUUCCGUAAGCGGUCUUAAAGACAUGUGUCUGCUGUCAAACGACAUACAUGAUUAUUACAUCGUAUCGCAAGGAAAAACUACAAUCCCAAACGUAGAUGAUGGCGAGGAAUGUCUGUUGACCGAUCAAGCCUUCGACAUUCUUGGUUUUACCCAAGAAGAGAAGGACAAUGUAUACAAGAUCACCGCCGCUGUCAUGCACAUGGGUUGUAUGAAGUUCAAGCAGAGGGGUCGUGAGGAACAGGCUGAAGCUGAUGGCACUGAGGACGGUGACAAGGUUGCCAAGCUCCUCGGUGUUGACUGCGCUGACUUGUACAAGAACUUGCUGAAGCCCCGCAUCAAGGUCGGAAACGAAUUCGUGACCCAGGGUCGUAACAAGGACCAAGUCACCAACUCCGUCGGUGCUCUUUGUAAGGGCAUGUUCGAUCGUCUCUUCAAGUGGCUCGUCAAGAAGUGUAAUGAAACCCUAGACACCAAGCAGAAGAGACAGCACUUCAUCGGUGUACUGGAUAUUGCUGGUUUCGAAAUCUUCGACUACAACGGUUUCGAGCAACUCUGCAUUAACUUCACAAACGAGAAGCUCCAGCAAUUCUUUAACCAUCACAUGUUCGUACUCGAACAAGAGGAGUACAAGAAAGAGGGCAUCAACUGGACCUUCAUCGAUUUCGGAAUGGACUUGCUAGCUUGUAUCGAUUUGAUCGAGAAGCCCAUGGGUAUCCUCUCAAUUCUUGAGGAAGAGUCUAUGUUCCCGAAAGCUACCGACCAGACUUUCGUUGAGAAGUUGAACAACAACCACUUGGGUAAAUCUGCUCCUUACCUGAAGCCUAAGCCCCCCAAGCCUGGUUGCCAAGCCGCUCACUUCGCUAUUGGUCACUACGCCGGUAAUGUCGGUUACAACAUCACUGGCUGGCUUGAAAAGAACAAGGACCCUCUUAACGACACUGUCGUUGACCAAUUCAAGAAGGGUGCCAACAAACUGUUGGUGGAAAUUUUCGCUGACCAUCCUGGCCAGUCUGGUGAUGCUGGAGCUGGUGGUGGUGGCGGCAAGGGCGCUGGGGGCAAGCGUGCUAAGGGUUCUGCUUUCCAGACCGUGUCAUCACUUUACAGGGAACAACUUAACAAUCUGAUGACAACGCUGAGGUCCACUCAACCUCACUUCGUGCGUUGUAUCAUUCCCAAUGAAUUGAAACAGGCUGGUCUCAUCGACUCUCACCUUGUGAUGCACCAGCUCACCUGUAACGGUGUGCUUGAAGGCAUCCGUAUUUGCCGUAAAGGUUUCCCCAACAGGAUGGUCUACCCAGACUUCAAGCUCCGUUACAUGAUUCUUGCACCCGCCGCUAUGUCUGCUGAAAAAGAUCCAAAAGAGGCAGCUAGGAAGUGUCUUGAAGCAGUUCAGCUUGACCCUGAAAGUUAUCGUAUAGGUCACACAAAGGUAUUCUUCCGCGCUGGUGUUCUGGGUCAGAUGGAAGAAUUGCGUGACGACAGGCUGUCUAAGAUCGUAUCUUGGCUCCAGGCCUACAUCCGUGGUUACCUGUCCCGUAAGGACUUCAAGAAGUUGCAGGAACAGAGAUUGGCUCUCCAAGUUGUCCAACGCAACUUGCGCAAGUACUUGCAGCUCCGCACCUGGCCAUGGUGGAAACUGUGGCAGAGGGUCAAGCCCCUCCUCAACGUCACCCGCAUCGAGGAUGAGAUCGCGAAACUGGAGGAGAAGGCUCAAAAAGCCCAGGAGGCGUUUGAGAAGGAAGAAAAACUCCGCAAGGAGGUUGAGGCCCUCAACUCUAAACUGCUUGAGGAGAAGCAAGCCCUACUUGCUUCCCUCGAGGGAGAAAAGGGUUCUCUCUCUGAAACCCAGGAGCGUGCCAACAAACUCCAGGCACAGAAGGCUGAUCUCGAGGGUCAACUUAGGGACACGCAAGACCGUCUCACCCAGGAAGAGGAUGCCCGCAACCAACUAUUCCAAGCCAAGAAGAAGUUGGAGCAGGAAAUCUCUGGUUUAAAGAAAGAUGUAGAAGACCUCGAAUUAAACGUCCAGAAGGCUGAACAGGAUAAGGCUACCAAGGACCACCAAAUCCGCAACUUAAACGAUGAAAUCGCCCACCAGGACGAGCUCAUUAACAAACUCAACAAGGAAAAGAAACUUCAAGGAGAAUCUAACCAGAAGACCUCUGAGGAGCUGCAAGCCGCUGAGGACAAGGUUAACCACCUCAACAAGGUCAAGCAGAAGCUCGAGCAGACCCUUGAUGAGCUCGAAGACUCAUUGGAGCGUGAAAAGAAACUGCGCGGUGAUGUUGAAAAGCAGAGGAGGAAGGUUGAAGGCGACCUUAAACUUACCCAGGAAGCCGUCUCCGACCUCGAACGCAACAAAAAGGAACUCGAACAAACCAUUCAGCGCAAGGACAAGGAAAUCUCUUCUCUCACUGCCAAGCUCGAAGACGAACAAUCUUUGGUCAGCAAGGUCCAGAAACAGAUCAAAGAACUGCAAGCCCGCAUCGAGGAACUGGAAGAGGAAGUCGAAUCCGAACGCCAGGCCCGUGCUAAGGCUGAGAAGCAGCGCGCUGAUCUUGCUCGUGAACUCGAAGAGCUGGGUGAACGUCUUGAGGAAGCCGGUGGUGCCACCUCUGCUCAAAUUGAACUUAACAAGAAGCGUGAGGCUGAGCUCAGCAAACUCCGUCGUGACUUGGAAGAAGCUAACAUUCAGCACGAGUCCACCCUCGCUAACCUCCGCAAGAAGCACAACGAUGCCGUUGCGGAAAUGGGUGAGCAACUCGACCAGCUCAACAAGCUUAAGGCUAAGGCUGAGAAAGAGCGCUCUCAAUACUUUAGCGAAGUCAAUGACCUUCGCGCCGGUCUCGACCACUUGUCCAACGAAAAGGCUGCUCAAGAAAAGAUCGUCAAGCAACUUCAACACCAGCUCAACGAGGUUCAAAGCAAGGCUGAUGAAUCCAACCGCACCCUCAAUGACCUGGAUGCCGCUAAGAAGAAGUUGUCCAUUGAGAACUCCGACCUGCUCCGCCAGUUGGAGGAGGCUGAGUCCCAGGUGUCGCAGCUCUCCAAGAUUAAGGUGUCUCUCACCACUCAGCUGGAAGACACCAAGAGGCUCGCCGACGAAGAGGCCAGGGAACGCGCUACUUUGCUUGGCAAAUUCCGCAACCUCGAACACGACUUGGACAACAUCCGCGAGCAAGUGGAAGAGGAAGCCGAAGGCAAGGCUGACUUACAGCGUCAACUGUCGAAGGCUAACGCUGAAGCUCAACUCUGGCGCUCCAAGUACGAGUCCGAGGGUGUUGCCCGCUCCGAGGAACUCGAGGAAGCCAAGCGCAAGCUCCAAGCUCGUCUUGCCGAAGCCGAAGAAACCAUCGAAUCUCUCAACCAGAAGGUUGUUGCUCUCGAAAAGACCAAGCAGCGCCUUGCCACCGAAGUCGAGGACUUGCAACUCGAGGUUGACCGUGCCACCGCCAUCGCUAACGCUGCUGAGAAGAAGCAAAAGGCCUUUGAUAAGAUCAUCGGUGAAUGGAAGCUCAAGGUUGAUGACCUUGCUGCCGAACUUGAUGCCAGCCAAAAGGAAUGCCGUAACUACUCUACCGAAUUAUUCCGCCUUAAGGGUGCCUACGAGGAAGGUCAGGAACAACUCGAGGCCGUGCGCCGUGAAAACAAGAACCUCGCCGAUGAAGUCAAGGAUCUGCUUGAUCAGAUUGGCGAAGGUGGCCGCAACAUCCACGAAAUCGAGAAGGCCAGGAAGCGUCUUGAAGCUGAAAAAGACGAACUCCAGGCCGCUCUCGAGGAAGCCGAAGCAGCUCUUGAGCAGGAAGAAAACAAGGUUCUGCGUGCUCAACUCGAGCUGUCUCAGGUUAGACAGGAAAUUGACAGGAGGAUCCAGGAGAAGGAAGAGGAAUUCGAGAAUACCCGCAAGAACCACCAACGUGCCUUGGACUCUAUGCAAGCUUCCCUUGAAGCAGAAGCUAAGGGCAAGGCUGAGGCCCUGCGCAUGAAGAAGAAGUUGGAGGCUGACAUCAAUGAACUCGAGAUCGCCCUCGACCACGCUAACAAGGCUAACGCUGAAGCCCAGAAGAACAUUAAACGUUACCAGGCACAGAUCAAGGACCUCCAAACUGCCUUGGAAGAAGAACAGCGUGCUCGUGAUGAUGCCCGCGAACAGCUUGGAAUCUCAGAGCGUCGUGCUAACGCCCUCCAAAAUGAGCUCGAGGAAUCUCGUACGCUCCUUGAACAAGCCGACCGUGCUCGUCGUCAAGCUGAACAAGAACUUGGUGAUGCCCACGAACAGCUCAACGAACUUUCUGCUCAAAGCGCUUCCCUCUCUGCUGCUAAGAGGAAACUCGAGUCUGAGCUCCAAACCCUGCACUCUGACCUUGACGAACUCCUUAACGAGGCUAAGAACUCCGAGGAGAAGGCAAAGAAAGCCAUGGUUGAUGCAGCCAGGCUUGCCGACGAACUCCGUGCUGAGCAAGAACACGCCCAGACCCAGGAGAAGCUUCGCAAGGCACUUGAACAGCAGAUCAAGGAAUUGCAAGUCAGACUUGAUGAAGCUGAAGCUAACGCACUCAAGGGAGGCAAGAAGGCCAUCCAGAAACUUGAACAAAGAGUAAGGGAGCUUGAAAACGAGCUUGAUGGUGAACAGAGGAGGCACGCUGAUGCACAGAAGAACCUGCGCAAGGCUGAAAGACGCAUCAAGGAAUUGACCUUCCAGGCCGAAGAAGACCGCAAGAACCAUGAACGCAUGCAGGAUCUGGUCGACAAACUGCAGCAGAAGAUCAAGACCUACAAGAGGCAGAUCGAAGAAGCCGAAGAGAUCGCCGCCCUUAACUUGGCUAAGUUCCGUAAGGCACAGCAAGAAUUGGAAGAAGCCGAAGAAAGGGCAGACCUUGCCGAGCAAGCUAUCAGCAAAUUCCGUGGCAAGGGACGCGCGGGAUCAGCUGCGAGAGGAGUUAGUCCAGCGGCGUCCGUUAAAGGGCGUCCAUAGAUCACCACUGGAUCACAUCCCCAACGUACGCGCCCCGCCUUUGACGGUUUCGGCACCUUCCCACCAAGGUUCGACCUGGCGCCCGAAAACGAUUUCUAAACGUUCCACUACAGAAAUUAACAAACGGACUAUACCGAUGUUUCGUUAUACCAACAUUUUUAUACAAUAGCAAUUAUAAGACAGCGUGAACCAAAAAGAGCUGUACCAAAAAUGUUACGCCCAAAAAUUAAACUCUAGUAAUAUUAAUGUUUUUACGAAAGGUUAUUUUGUAUCUUGUUGAUAUUUAUUUAUAAUUAUUUAUAACCGUGAAGUAUGUAUUGCUCAAGGCGGAGGAUGGGUGGGCGUGCACCCGCACUUAAGAGACACGACUUCCAACCUUUUUACGGAAUCGCACGCGCAUCCAUCGCUCGCCUUUUUUGACAUCCAAUAAAGCGAUAUCGUUGUCAUAAAAUAUUAACAAA